UUUAUUUACUUACGUUGUCAAAUGUUAUUAUUUUUUAGGCAAGUAAUACAAAUAAAAUGGUUGAUAAAAGAGCUAAUUGGAAAGAUCCAGAAAUUCUGAAAACAUUUUUAGAUGCGUGUAUUGAAGAAAGCACUAGUGGAAAUAGGAGUGGAAGUAGUUUUAAGAAACGUUCAUGGGAUCUAAUUGGUAAUCUUAUGAAAGAAAAAAAGGGACUUGAUCUUACUCAAAAACAGUUGAAAAAUCAACUGGAUUACCUGAAAAGAAAGUACAACAUCUGGGAAAGAAUAGUUAAUAAAACUGGGAAUGGAUACGAUCCCAUUAGCAAUACUGUUAGCUGGACUUCUGAAGAGUGGGAUGACUAUACUAAGAUCUAUCCAGACGCAAAACAAUUUCGAUAUGCCGGCCUACAAUUUGCAGAUGAAAUGAAGUCACUAUUUGAUGGUAUUACAGCUACGGGGAAAGAUGCAUGGGGUCCCUUAAUGGAAGAAAUGCCACCAACUAUUCCAAAUAGUAACAUUACUAUUGAUGUUGAUGCUGAGGUUGAGGUCGAUGUUGAUUUGGAAAGAGAGAUAUCUCAUAGUCCUAGCAUAGAACAUUCAAAGUCUAAACGCCGAAAGUCAAACAAAUCUGAAUAUAUUGACGAACAGAUUUUAGAAACUCUUAAGAAUUUAAAUGAUUCAGAUGAGGCAAGCGUAGAAGAAUGUUCCAAAGUUCUUGAUGAUAUGUUGGAUGAGAGUGAUCCUUUAUAUUUUGUUGCUGGGACAAUAUUUUGUGAAAGUAAGACAUAUAGAGAAUUUUGGAUGCAUCUUAGGAAGAAAAGUGAUGAAGCUAAAAAACAAUGGCUUAUAAUGGUAGGAAAGAAGAUGGGCUUGAUAUAGAAUUAUGGUAGGAAAGGACUUGACUUUAUUAUGAUUAUGUUAUGAAUGUUAUUUUGUUUAAACUUUUAAUUUUGAAACAUCAUUUUGUUUGGUUCGUAAUUGGUUUUUAUAUAUUUGUGAUUUAAGUAUAUUGUGUUAUACCCUUUAUAAUUCUUUUAAAAUUUGGUUUUACAGGCUAUUUUGUGAUUCAAAGUUAUUUAAUAUGUUGACUGGUAAUAAAAGGAAAAAGGUCAUCACUAUCCUUCGUCUAAUUUUACUUAUGAGAAGAAGACGAAGGGGUCAAAGGCCUGAUGCUAUUUCUUUACUUGAUGGAGCUAGUUAUGUUAAAGAAAUUAUUGAAGGAAAUCCAGCUCAUUGCCAAGAAAUGUUGAGGAUGAAGAAAGAAGCUUUUAUAAAGAUUUGCUCUAUUUUUAGAGAAAAUGAAUGGUUAAAAGAUAGUCGUUAUAUAUCGGUGGAAGAGAAGAUGUCUAUGUUUUUAAUUAUUUUAAGCCAUAAUUUGCGAGUACGAUUUGUCAAACGAAGAUUUUGCCAUUCAACGCAAACAAUCAACUUCUACUUUCAUGAAGUUCUAAAAGCUAUGCUGAAAUUCUCUAAGGAAAUUAUUGUUCCUACUCAAGGUAAUCAAAUAUCUCAUGAUACAAGGCAUAAACGUCUUCGAGAAGUGUUUAAGGGUGCUAUAGGUGCCUUAGAUGGAACUCUAGUACAUGCCAUUGUUCCAAUAAAUAAACAAGUUCGAUAUAGAGGAAGGGGAAAAGGAAAAUGUUAUCAGAAUGUAUUGGCUAUAUGCAAUUUUGAUAUGUUAUUUACAUUCAUUUGGGCGGGAUGGGAAGGAGUGGCACAUGAUUCUAAAGUCUUAACCGAAACAAUGCGUAAUCCAAGGUCAAAUUUUCCCUUUCCGGGUCCAGGUACAUUAUUAUUGUUGUUGUUAUUAUUAUUAAUUAUUUUAAACUUCUAUGUUUACAAUUUAUUUGAAAUUGUAGAUGAAUAUUAUUUAUGUGAUGCUGCAUAUUGUCAUAUUCGAGGAUUUAUGUCGCCCCAUCGAAAUGUACGUUAUUGGCUUGGAGAUUUCCAACGAGGUGGUAGAGCUCGAACUAAAGAGGAAUUAUUCAAUCAUGCACAUGCAAAAUUAAGAAAUGUUAUCGAGCGUACAUUUGGCGUAUUGAAAGCUCGCUUUCCUAUAUUGGAUAAGAUGGCUCUAUAUCACUUUCGAACUCAAAGGGAUAUUGUUAUUGCUUGUGCAGCAAUACAUAAUUUUAUUAGAACAAAUUGCACAACAGACUCGUUUUUUGAACAAUUUGAAGAUGAAAUUACGACUGCAGAUAAUCAACAACGAUGGACAUCAAUGAUGGAGUCCUUGAGACAAGCUGAUCAAGCAUAUAUGAUUAAUUUGCGUGAAGAAAUAGGAAAUCAAUUAUUUAAUAUGCGAUUUUAAAUAUUAUUAUGUUUUGUGAACACUAUCUAAAUAUUAUUAUGUUUUGUGAACAUUUCUGAAUUCAAUAACACUAUGGGUUGCGAACUAUUUAUUUAUAAGCACGAUUUAUCAA